CUGUCCGAAAACACACACACACACACACUCCGACCAAUGCAGAAACACUAAAGACUGCAUUUUUUUCUGAACCCUUUUUUUUCUCGACACCGGAGCUGCUGCAUUAAUGGUGGAAGCUCAAUCAUGGACGACGAGGCGUGCCAGCAACCCGCGUCUGGACCCCAACAACAACAACGACGACGGCGGCGACCGAGUUCUCGAUAUUCCGGGCACCCCCACCGCCGAGGACCGCCUCCUCCAGCAGUACGACUCCGCCCCGAUCCCGCCCACCAUCCUCACCGCCGCCAUUGUCGCGUCCUGGUAUCUCUCCAACAUCGGCGUCCUCCUCCUGAACAAGUACCUCCUCAGCUUCUACGGCUACCGCUACCCCAUCUUCCUAACCAUGCUCCACAUGCUAUCCUGCGCCGCCUACAGCUUGUUCGCCAUUAAAUGGCUCGAAAUCGUUCCCUUCCAGCAAAUCCAGAGCCGGAGGCAGUUCUUCAAGAUACUCGCACUCAGCGCAAUUUUCUGCCUAUCAGUUGUUUGUGGAAAUACCUCACUGAGAUACCUCCCCGUUUCGUUCAACCAGGCUAUCGGCGCCACCACCCCGUUUUUCACCGCCAUCUUCGCAUUCGUAAUCACAUGUAAAACGGAAUCUCCACAAGUGUACUUCGCGCUCGUACCCGUAGUUCUCGGCAUUGUUUUAGCCAGCAACAGCGAGCCGUUGUUCCAUCUCUUCGGUUUCUUGAUGUGCGUCACCUCGACAGCUGGCCGAGCGUUGAAGUCCGUCGUGCAGGGGCUUCUGCUAACUUCCGAUUCCGAGAAAUUGCACUCGAUGAAUCUCUUGCUCUACAUGGCUCCGAUGGCUGCGAUGAUCCUGCUGCCGUUUACGCUCUACGUCGAGGGGAAUGUGCUUGCCGUGACUAUCGAAAAAGGGAGGGGGGAUGGAUUUAUCGUGUUUCUAUUGGUCGCUAAUGCGACGGUCGCGUACUUGGUUAACCUGACGAACUUCCUGGUGACGAAGCACACGAGCGCGCUCACGCUGCAAGUGUUGGGGAAUGCUAAGGCGGCCGUCGCGGCCGUCGUGUCGGUUCUGAUAUUCAAGAAUCCGGUUAAUGUGAUGGGGAUGACCGGGUUCGCGAUCACCGUGAUGGGGGUCGUGCUGUACAGCGAGGCGAGGAAACGGGCUAAAACGACAGCUCAUUGACAGCAAAAUACUCUCGAUUUUCGAGUUGAUUAAGGUAUGGCCCGCCCCAUUUUUGUUGUGCCUUCAAAAUUGAUUUAGAAACUUGAUUUGUUGGGAUCAAAAGUUAAUGAUAUAUAUAUGUAUGUAUCUAUAAUUUUUAUAUGUAUAGGUCAAUUUUCUCUCUGCUUUUGUAUGUUGUUGUUCUGAGUUGGGGAAUUGUUGUAAGAGAAUAAAGCAAAAUUGAAAAUUCUCUUUCACUUUUAAGACAUAGAUAAAAGGUUUAUUCUUUGGGAAUUGUCAAAAAUUGUAAUAUUGUGGAGGUAAAAUUGCCUUCCAUGGUGUAUUAUUCAAAUUUCAAACAUGUUUUCUUGGCUAU